AUGGCAAGUGUGCGCGCCAAGUUGGAGGAAGAUUACUGGUCGGAGGUAGAGUUUGUUCCACCAGGGAUCACGGGGCUCGCUCAACCGAUGGGCGUAUCUGUGAUGCGUUCCUUCAAGUCAAGAUGCCGAAGACUCUACGUUAACUACCAUAUCAACCAGCCUCCACGGCAGCCCGGCGUUUUUUUUAUGACGCAGAUCGUGCUGUCGGCGUGGGAAAGUAUUGAGGAGAAGCGUAUCGCUAGGGGAUUCGUGAAGGCAGGGCUCGUGCCCAUCGGGCCGCGAGAGGCUGACGGCACCUUCAGAGUUCCGGAGCCGACAAGUGAGUCUGUUAGCGUAGAAGAAGAAGAGUCUGAAACUGAAUAA